AUGAGCGUUGAUGAGAUGGACGCCUUUCGUGCCGAGCUCCUUCGGCAAAAGAUAAUUUUUGAGGCGGAGCUUCGCCGGCAGAAGGAGACGUUCGAGGAACGGCUCGCGCGGAUGGCGCAGGAGUUGGCCGAUAGGGAGGCUGACUGCCGCAACCUCCAGGCCGUUGUGACGAUUUUAGGGAAAAAAGUGGAGACCUUGAUGGACAGGCGCAUCGCCACGCCGCACCGCCGCUCCUCCCCCGCCAGACCGGCGUCCAGCGCCGCCGCGCAGGGGCAGCAGACCGCCUCGUCGCGGACAGCGAGCCCCUCCACGCGGCGAACGUCUCCGUUCCGGCGCAACCCCAACUCCUCCGCCCUCGCCUCCGGGGGGCCCAUCUCGGCCUUCCACGCGCCAAGCCUCAGCAGCAUAGGAAGCUGCCAGAACAGUCCGGCACGCGUUGCCAACGGUCGGCGACCGAGACUCGGGAACGGCGGCGCAGCUGAGCAUCAUCUCCCCCGCAGAGGCGUUAGCAGCACACGUUCGCAAAAGGUUCGGCCAGCGGAAGCUUGGUGA